AAUUUUGCAAGCGCGACGGACCACAACCAGAAUGAGGAGCGGUGGUGUCCCUGUCUCUCCCUCUCGCUGCCUGAACCAAAUAGCAGCUCGUUAGGCCGUGGAGGCGUAGAUUUCAGUCGCGCCGGUGGUUGCUCGACGGAGGAGGGGGAAGGGAAGGGCUGGGCCUUGUAGUGGCGAAGAUGGAGGCUGCGCGUUCGGCGACAGAGCUCAGUCCGGAGGAGGAGAGGGUCCUCAUCAGGGAUCUCACCAUCGCGGCCGAAGCUCUCGCGAAGGAGGGCGACACGUUCUUCCUCAUCACCCAGAGGUGGUGGCAGUCUUGGCUUGAUUAUGUGAAUCAAGAUAUGGCUAGCAACUCCGUCAAUGGUUCUCAUCAUCUUGAUUCAGGUUCUCCGAGCACAAAAAGACCUUUAGCUAUUGACAAUUCUGAUUUAAUAUAUGAUGCUUCGUCAGAAGUGUCAAAUGUGGAAACUGAACUCCAUGAUACUUUAGUAGAAGGACGCGAUUACAUAUUGCUUCCUCAACAAGUUUGGGAAAAGUUGAAUGGCUGGUAUGGGGGUGGUCCAACAUUGCCACGAAAGGCCAUAAACACUGGUCUUUCUCAGAGUGAUUUAGCCAUAGAAGUCUAUCCUCUGCGCCUUCAAUUAUAUUUGGUGCCAAGGGGAGAAAGAGCAAUUAUUAGAAUAAGCAAGAAGGAGACAGUGGGAGAACUCCAUAAAAAGACUUCUGAGGUUUUUGAUUUACCCCUGGACCAAGUUUGUAUCUGGGACUAUUAUGGUCAACAGAAGCACACGUUGAUGGACAACAUGGAUAAGACUCUUGAUGAUGCAAACAUACAGAUGGACCAAGAUAUUCUGGUCGAGAUUCUGACUGAUGGCAAUGGUACCAUUGAUGGUGGAUGUGCAACUUCUCUACAGGAGAAUGGGUGUAUGGAGAAGGAUUCAGUGUCUCUCAUUUUGGAUCCUUCACAUUCAAGCUUAUCGGUUGCUGAAGGCUUGUCUACCAACAAUUAUGCUUCCAGAAGUUGCAGUUCUGAGUUCUCGCAAGGCCAAUACUUGGCUUCCCCUAGUAGUGACUUGGAUAAUUUGCAUGGAACGAAUACCAUUACUACAAGAUCAGCCCCUUUGGGUCUCAUUGGACUGCUCAACCUUGGAAAUACUUGCUUCAUGAACAGUGCCAUACAAUGCCUUGUUCAUACACCAGAGUUUGCAAGAUAUUUUCGUGAAGACUACAGGCAAGAAAUAAAUUGGCAGAACCCUUUAGGCAUGGUUGGUGAGCUUGCAUUAGCUUUCGGGGAGUUAUUGAGGAAACUCUGGGCUCCUGGGCGUACUCCUGUUUCUCCUAGACCAUUUAAAACAAAACUCGCACGGUUUGCACCUCAAUUUAGCGGAAAUAAUCAACACGACUCGCAGGAGCUUUUAGCCUUCUUGUUGGAUGGACUUCAUGAGGACCUGAAUCGUGUAAAGCAUAAACCUUAUAUAAAAUCAAAGGAUACAGAUGGACGACCUGAUGAAGAAGUUGCUGAUGAGUUUUGGGCAAACCACAUUGCUCGAAAUGAUUCUAUAAUUGUUGAUGUGUGCCAGGGGCAAUACAAAUCUACUCUGGUCUGCCCCGUUUGUGGGAAAAUUUCAGUGACAUUUGAUCCAUUUAUGUACCUAUCAUUGCCUCUACAAUCUGCUUCCGCUCGGACCAUGACUGUUGUGGUUUUGACUAGUGAUGGGAGUACACUUCCAACCACUUGUACUGUAAGUGUACCAAAGCAGGGUCGUUGCCGGGACUUGAUUCGGGCUUUAAGCAAUGCUUGCUCAUUAAAAAACGAGGAGAAACUUUUACUUGCAGAGAUACGCGGCCACAGUGUCCAUCAACUUCUAGAAGAUCCUUUAAUGCUGCUAUCAACCAUUAAAGAUGAUGAUCACCUUGUAGCUUAUAAGAUACCAAAAUUGAUGAAUACUGUAUACCUUCAGUUUGUGCACCGCCGCCAAGUCGGGUCUGGCAACAUCAACAGCUCAAUGGCCUGGGAAACCUACGGCAUACCUUUGCUUGCAUCAGUUUCAAAAGAUGAAAUCACUGUGGAUCUUAUACGAGAGAGACUUCAGAGGAUGCUCACCCCUAUGCUAGGAAGCGAUGGAACUUACUCUUCAAGGUCCUCAGAUCCCUGUAUAACUGAUGGUGAUCAAGGCAAAUCAAGUGAAGCAUGUUUAAUAUCUGGUGAGAAUCAAAACGAUCAACAACACUGUAAUACAAAAUCAACCUGUAACAUGCAUAUUCAGUACAUUGACGAAAAUGAUACAUGGGUUGAUUUAUCAUUGGAAGACAAACUUUUCGCACUGCCUAGGCUAUCAACAUCACUUAUUCUUUUUAUUAAUUGGUCAAGAAAUGAUAUGAAGAAGUAUGAUACUUAUCAUUUUGAGAACCAUCCCGAAGUGUUCAAGUAUACUCCUGCACCAAAGAGGAGUCGUAAUGAACCUCUCUCACUAUAUACAUGUCUGGAUGCCUUCUUGAGGGAAGAACCACUAGUGCCUGAAGACAUGUGGUACUGCCCAAGUUGCAAGGAACAAAGACAAGCGAGCAAAAAGUUGGACCUGUGGAGGCUUCCUGAAGUUCUGGUUAUUCACUUGAAAAGAUUCUCCUUCAGUCGGUCAACAAAGCAUAAACUGGAAACCUUUGUUAACUUUCCAAUUCAUGAUCUUGAUUUGACAAAUUAUGUGGCACACAAAAAAGGCUCCCAGCGCCAGAUGUAUGAACUUUAUGCCUUGAGUAAUCACUAUGGCAGUAUGGCAAGCGGGCAUUAUACUGCUCAUAUCAAGCUUUUGGAUGAAAAUAGAUGGUACAAUUUCGACGACAAUCACAUUUCACCUAUCAACGAAGAGGAUGUGAAAUCUGCUGCAGCUUAUGUGCUGUUUUACAGGCGAACUAGAGAAAAUGCAUCAGCAAGCAUCGGUGUUGAGUCGUCUGCAAAUAAAAAUUAUACUUUUGGUAAAAGAUGAAUUUUAUCUAAUCUUUUGUAGAUUAGAUACUAGGAAGCAAAUAUCAUGUAUGGUUAUUUAUUCUCGGAACUGUCCUUGAAUAUCUGGGAGGUUUUUAGGAGAAUUAUGCUUUAUAAUCUUCUGUAUAUGUUGUGUAAUUCAUAAAAAUGAGGCAACUUGUAACACUAACACAGAAUUUUAAUGGAAACAAAUUUUAAAAUCUUGCCAUAA